GCGGGACACGUCAAACACCUGACGACGACAACGACGACGACGGCGACGGCGACGGCGACGGCGACGACGGGCUCUGACGGACUUUGACGCCGGCACGGGUGGCCCCACCCGGGCCCGAGCGACGCGCGUGGCGGUUUCGCACGCGCCGCUCAGCGUCAGCCUGCCCGCGCAGGUCCUUCCGCACCCCGCCCAGGCGCGCCAAGCCACCCUGCCACCAGGGCCCCGCGCCCGCCCGCGUCGGCAACGGCCUCGACGUCCUUCACGGCCUCACCCAAGCCCUUGCCCUCGUGGAUCUCCUCGGCCCACUCCUCGAUGACCUGGCAUGCUUCGCCAAGCCGCCGCCCCUUUCGGCUCUGCGCGUCCACCACUGCCUCGAGGCGGCGCAGGACCUCGGCGCCGAACCCCUUCUCCAGGUCGACGUGCCCCGUCCCGCCGUCGAGGCCGCCGAGCCCCGCCGCCCUAGAGCUUACCGCCCUGCAGACCCCCCCAAGUUCAGGGCGCAGCGGACGCGCUCCCUCCCCUCCUGGGCCGCCUGCCACUGCUUCAGCUUCCACUUCCUCUUGCCGCGGAGCAGCGCGUCCGACUGCCCGUCGAGCGCCCCCGCGGGCCGAGAGCCGUCCGCCAGGCAGCUCUCGUGCUGCACCUGCAGCUUCUCGGCCGCCGCCUGCGCGUUUGCCGCCGUCACGUCGGCCGUCUUCGACCGCGCUCGUGCCAUGGGGAGCGCCACUGCGCUCUUCACCCGCACGCUCGCCCCCUUUCAGCUGCUUCCUAAUGCCGCGCCGUUCGCGCCCUCCGCCGACCCGACCUCGGUCUCGGCCACCUCACGGUCCACCUCCGCCUGCAGCUCCACGAACUCGUGCGCCGCCACCACUCGCGGCCUCCCUAGCCAGCCGCGCGUGCACUUCUGCACCACGCAUGCCGCAUCGCUCCGCUUGGGCCUCUCGGUCUCCUCCGCCACCCCUGCCUCCGCCACGCCGCCGGCCAGCGCCUGGGCAGCCUCCCAGCGCCAAGGCCCCUUGCUGCGCUGCACGACUUGUCAUGUGCCCACCGCUGUGGGUGCCGCCGCCGCCGCCGCUGGCUGCCGUGGCGCGCGUCUCUUACGCCUGCAGCUCGCCUCGCCCCUCCCGUCGAAGCCGUCCUCCGCGACCUCGCCGCUGGUGCCGUCCCUCUGCCGGCCCUCCGCCUGCUAGCCGCUGGAGAGGCCUGCGCCCUCGCCCUCCGCGUGCGCGCCGCGGAGCUGUGGCGAGGAUCCGCUGGCCCGCCUCCGCGCCUCCAGCAGCCCGCUGCAGCCUCUCGGCCGCGGGCUCGGGCUCGGGCUCUCAGGCCGGCCUCGGCAUACGCCGCGCUGCUCCUUCGUGUGCAGGAGAGCGCCGAGGAGCUGCGUGGCCCCUCGCGCUCCGCCCGGUGGACUCCCGCAAGAGCAGCCGCGUCCCGAGCACCACGCGCCCUCAGCUGGGAGCGCCAUCGUGCCGCCCCCCGCAACCUGGCUCCAUCGCGCGCGGCCUGCCGCCGGCGCUGGUCUCACCGCG